CUCUGGUAGCCUUAGCCAACUUCGCAACUGAAGUUUACCCUUAUGGAGUUGCAAGACAUGAACAUGACGUUGCCUCCCCCUCAUGCUGUCUUGUAAAGCUGUUGGGCACACUUCAGGCUAAGAAGUCCUUUGUUGAACUGGUAUGAACUGCCUCUAUCAGAAUGAGGUCAAGGAGCAGAAUAAAAUAUGUCUAGAAAUUGCCCUGCUAAGGUUUAUGGUCAGUGGGUCAAACAAUGAGGCAAUAUCAAUAUAGACCGCCAGUGAUUAUAAAUUGUCAAGACACUAUCAUAAGUCGCUCACUUGUAUCUCAGACACUUCAACUAGACAGUCAGACGGACAGUCAGAUUUACUCUUGAGGUCCGGACAGACACAAUGGGAGUUGAGAAAAUGGAGCUGGAUGAGGGACACUCGACUCUGAUGAGUGGCACCAAGAAUCCUCCCCCGGUUCGGCCUCCCAACACGUUUGAGCGCAUCAUCCAACCCUGCCUGGCAGAGGUGGUGGGAACCAUGUUCUUUGUCUUCAUCGGGUGUGUGUCGGUCAUUGAGAACGUUGAGUCUGCAGGCAGGGUACAGCCGGCGCUGGUCCAUGGCCUGGCUGUGGCUGUCAUGGUGGCAUGCAUGGAUCAGAUCAGUGGAUCCCAUUUCAACCCUCCCUUCACCAUUGCCAUCUACCUGUGUGGCGGCAUGAAACUGUUCAUGGUUGUCCCAUACCUUAUCAGCCAGUUAUUAGGAGGGAUGCUGGGAGCUGCCAUGUCAAAGAUGAUGACAUCAAAGGAGAACUAUGCCAACGCCACCGGAGCGGCAUUUACUAUCCUCCAAUCAGAGGACCAGCUGGCUGGAGCCAUAUUUGGAGAGAUCGCCAUGACGUGCCUGGUUACCAUGGUAGUAUUGCUAGGGGCGGUCAAUGCAAAGAGUAAAAGCCCAAUGGUGCCUUUCCUGGUAGGCUGUACUGUCAUCAUCAACAUUCUGGCAGGGGGGGAUGUGUCUGGGACCUGUCUGAACCCAGCCAGGGCUCUGGGGCCAGCGAUAAUGGCCAACUACUGGACCUACCAUUGGGUUUACUGGGCUGGUCCUAUCGCAGGAGGUCUACUGGCAGCAGGACUAGUGAGACUUGUGCUUGGAGAUGAGAAGACACGAGUCAUCAUGAAGUGACAUCCUACUCUACAUGUCCUAUGCAAGUCACUUACUUCCUACUUUUUGUCAUAUUAUAAAGCUUUUUUUCUAAGAAACAUGAAUUUAGACUGGAAUUUCUGUUUAAUUUGAAAGACUAUGAAUCUGGUUUGUAAAUGUCAGCGGAUAGGAGAUGUCAUAUUGUACUAAUAUAACUCUUAUUGUACUCUCUGAUUAUUCCAGUUUGCUUUCGCGCUCUUCCUUUAAAUUUAAAUUAAAAGCCCUCUAAAGAUGAUUGUAACUGCACGCUGACUUGCCGUGCUGCAAAAGCGCCCCCCCCCCGUUGGGCAUGAUCCAACUGGUCCAUUUGUUGUUUCAUUUUGUAUUUCUGGAUGUAUUGGUCUCUGGCAACAACACAAAACCAGCACUAAUAGCAUUGUGCAGAUCGGACCAUAUGGCGUUGUCCGCUGUGUUGGUGCUUUAAUAGCAGCACCCCACGUCAAACUUCACCUGGCGCCUGGGUUGCGCUGUUUCAGCUGCUGAAAUUGACCUCUCUUUUAAUGACGCAUUAUAGACCUACUACAUUAUUGGGCUUACUUAGCAUUCAUCACCACCAAUGUACACCCAAAUAAAGCAUAUAAAUAUGCUUACUUA